UUUUGCACGAUGAAUUCACGGGAUGGUGCAAUGUCAUCGCCUCGCUAGCAGCCGACAAACUGGAGGGGGGACAACAAACACCUGGACCCGGCUGCAGACGUCCUGGGCUCCGCGAAUGUUAGCCGAGCCUCGGUAGUGUCGGUGACGGGAGAGUCCCCACAGUGAUGGUUUAGUCCUCGGUUUAACACAAAAAGGAGGAAUUGUAUUCACCUCGACAGGAAGAGGGACCGCAGCUCGCCGCAGUAGAAGGCUGACUUGACUGUGUCCUGUGUUCACUCAAAAUGGCUAUUGCGAGACAAUUUGGACUACUGGUGUGGAAAAACUAUCUGCAGCAGAAACGUCAAAUCCUGGUAACUCUGGUGGAGAUACUCCUGCCGCUGCUCUUCUCCGGCAUCCUCAUUGUGCUACGUCAGAAGGUGCCUUUUAAGGACUACCCAAAUGCCACGGUCUAUGAGAGCUAUGCCGUUGAUGCGCUACCCAAAUGGUUCUUGACGCACCUGCAGCUGGCUUAUGUGCCCGGCAACUCCAGUGUGGUGCGUCAGGUGGCAGAGGAUGUGCGAGGCAGCCUGAGUCUCUCCGCAGUGCGUGGCUUCGAGACAGAAGAGCACUUUGAGGACUACGUUAGAAAUAACCCCAAGUCAGGAAAGCUGCUGGCUGCUGUGGUGUUUGAGCACCCCUUCACCCAUGAUGAUGAACCCCUGCCGCUAAAGGUGAGCUAUCACCUGCGUUUUAGCUUCACCCCACGCAACGCCCCACCCAAGGAGAGGUCGGAGCUGAACCCAAACAGCGACCUGGACUGGCACACGCUCAGCCUCUAUCCCCUGUUUCAGCUGCCAGGGCCGAGGGAGCAGUAUGACAAGGAGGGUGGCACGCCUGGUUAUUUCCGAGAGGGAUUCCUGGCUGUACAGCAUGCAGUGGACCGAGCCAUCAUGCGGUCAUACAACAGAACGGCUGCUGCCUCUCUGCUGCGACAGACCAGAGUGGUCCUGUCGCGGUUUCCUUACCCUGCCUUUAUAUAUGACGUCUUCAUCCUGGCCAUUCAGAACCAACUGCCCCUGCUACUGGUGCUCAGCUUUACCUACACCUCCCUCAACAUAGUACGAGCCGUGGUGCAGGAGAAGGAGAGGAAGCUCAAGGAGUACAUGAGGAUGAUGGGUCUCAGCAACUGGCUCCACUGGAGCGCCUGGUUCCUCAUGUUCUUCCUCUUCCUCUCCAUUUCAGUCUUCUUUGUGACUCUGCUCCUUUGUAUCCAGGUGAGCCCUAACGGAGCAGUGCUGACCUACAGUGACCCCACGCUGGUUUUUGUCUUCCUGCUCGUCUUCACUGUGGCCACCAUCAACUUCAGCUUCAUGAUCAGUGCCUUCUUCUCACGAGCCAAUGUGGCGGCGGCAGCGGGCGGCUUCAUCUAUUUCCUGAGCUACCUGCCUUAUUUGUUUCUGUGGCCACGCUACGACUUGCUGAGCCACGCACAGAAGGUGUCGGCCUGCCUCAUCUCCAAUGUGGCCAUGGCCAUGGGAUCUCAGCUCAUAGGAAUGUUUGAGGGCAAAGGAACGGGAAUCCAGUGGUCAAACAUGUUCGACUCUGUGACGAUAGACGAUGACUUCUCCCUGGCCCAGGUGUUGGGCUUGCUGCUGUUUGACUCUGUCCUCUAUGGCUUGGUGGCCUGGUACAUGGAGGCAGUUUUUCCUGGAGAGUACGGAGUGCCUCUACCGUCUUACUUCUUUCUACUGCCUUCAUACUGGUGCAGCAGCCCCCGCAUGGCUUUGUUGAAUGAGAAGGAGGAAGAGGAGGACGCCGAGAAGGCUCUCAAAGGGGAAUUUAUAGAGGAGGAACCAGCUGGAUUAGUCUCCGGGAUCAAGAUUAAGCACCUUGCUAAGGAAUUCAAAGUGGGCAACAAGACACGGCAGGCUGUGCGGGAUCUUACGGUGAACAUGUUUGAGGGACAGAUCACGGUGCUGCUGGGACACAACGGUGCUGGGAAGACCACAACACUGUCCAUGCUGACAGGGCUGUUUCCUCCCACUAGUGGCAGGGCAUAUAUCAACGGUUACGACAUCUGUCAGGACAUGGCUCUGAUCCGCCGCAGUCUGGGACUCUGUCCUCAGCAUGAUGUACUGUUUGAUAACCUUACUGUCAGAGAGCACCUGCUCUUCUACGCACAGCUGAAGGGCUUCUCCAGAGAAAAGAUUCCAGAUGAGGUCGACCGGAUCAUCCGUAUCCUGAACCUUGAGGACAAGCGACAGGCUCGCUCCAAGACCCUCUCUGGUGGCAUGAAGAGAAAACUCUCUAUCGGCAUUGCUCUCAUCGGAGACUCCAAGGUGGUGAUGUUAGAUGAGCCCACAUCCGGUAUGGACCCAUCAGCUCGACGUGCCACCUGGGACCUUCUGCAAGGGGAGAAGCGCGGUCGCACCAUCCUCCUCACCACGCACUUUAUGGACGAGGCCGACCUGCUCGGCGACCGCAUCACAAUCAUGGCAGGAGGAGAGCUGCAGUGCUGCGGGUCACCGCUCUUCCUUAAGAACAAAUAUGGUGCUGGCUACCACAUGGUGAUAGUAAAGGACGCUCUUUGUAACGUGUCUGAGAUCACCCGCCUUGUCCACAUGUAUGUUCCUAAUGCCACACUCGAGAGCAGCGCAGGGGCUGAGCUCUCUUACAUUUUGCCCAAAGAAAGCACCAGCAGGUUCGAGCUGCUGUUUGCUGAACUGGAGAUGAACAGAGAGGAGCUGGGCAUCGCCAGCUACGGAGCUUCAGUAACAACCAUGGAGGAGGUCUUCCUCAGGGUGGGAAAGUUGGUGGAUUCUAGUUUAGACAUCCAGGCAAUCCAGCUGCCAGCCCUGCAGUACCAACACGAGAGACGCUCCCAUGACUGGACCACAGAUGAUGCCAGCAGCAUCAGUGGCAUGACAGACGUCACUGAUUUCACAGACAGCGGCACGCUCAUCUCAGAGGACUGCUCCAACAUCAAGCUGAACACCGGGGUGCGACUACACCUGCAACAGUUCUAUGCCAUGUUCCUGAAGAGGGCGCUGUACAGCUGGAGAAACUGGAAGGUGAUGGUGGCUCAGUUCCUGGUCCCCUUGGUCUUCACCGUUGUGGCCUUAGUUGUGGCACGCACCUUUCCCAACCACCGGGAGGCUCCUCAGCUGAGGCUGGCACUCAGCCGCUAUGGUCACACCAGGGUCCCCGUGGCUCUGCAGCCUGGGGUGGGUCCCCUGGCCUCUGCCCUGGCACGUACAUACAGCUCACAGCUCUCUGCCCAGCUUGGCCAGCUUAUCAACGUCACGGACUUCACUGAUUACAUCCUGACCCAGGCAGAGGAAGAGGGCGGCAGCUUUAAUGAGCGGUGUGUGGUGGGCGCUGCUUUCCGUGGCAGCAGCAGCCAGUAUGCUGAAGCAACAGCGUACUUCAACAACGAGGGCUACCAUACACCCGCCACGGCCCUCAUGAUGGUGGACAAUGCUCUGUUCAAACUUCUAGCUGGGCCGAAUGCUUCCAUCCAGACAGGCAACUACCCCAUGCCGCGCAACCUGUCCGAGAUCGCGCAGAGCCAGCUCACAGAAGGCAAGACGGGCUUCGCCAUCGCCAUCAACCUCAUGUACGGUAUGGCCUCCCUGUCCAGCACAUUUGCCCUGCUGCUCGUAACAGAGUCCUCUAUCAAGUCCAAGCACGUGCAGCAAGUCAGUGGCGUCUACCUGUCGAACUUCUGGUUUUCUGCGCUGCUGUGGGACCUGGUCAACUUCCUGCUGCCCUGUCUGCUCAUGCUGGUGGUGUUUAAGGCAUUCGGAGUCAAGGCUUUCGUCGACAACAACCAUCUGGUGGAUGUGUUGUUGUUACUGCUGCUGUACGGCUGGGCUGUUGUGCCUCUCAUGUACCUGCUCAGCUUCCUCUUCUCCACUGCUGCUACUGCCUACACACGCCUCACCAUCUUUAACAUGAUCUCUGGCACUGCAACCUUUCUGGCUGUCACCAUCAUGACCAUCCCAGAGCUGAACCUGCAGCACCUGUCGCACUUACUGGAUAAGGUGUUCCUCAUCUUCCCAAACUAUUGCCUGGGCAUGUCCUUCAGCCAGUUCUACCAGAACUACGAAUUUAUCUCGUUCUGCAACUCCAGUCCAAUCACCCGGACAGUGUGCGAAAUCUUAAACAUCACGUACCAGGAAAACUACUUCUCAAUGUCAGAACCUGGUGUCGGACGCUUCCUUGUGGCCUUCUCAGUGCAAGGUUUGGUCUUCAUCGCUCUGCUGUUUGUCAUCGAGCUGCAGUGUGUACGCACUCUCCGGCGACUCCUCGCCUCUCUGGGCAGAAGACGUAAACAGUUGCCUCUAAUAGAGGAUGCAGCACUGCUUCCAGAGGACAGGGAUGUCGCUGAAGAGAGGAAGAGAGUCCUGGAGUGCCAGCCAGUCGUAGAGUCUAUGGUUGGCAGCCCUCUCAUACUGCAGGAGCUCAGCAAGGUGUACAGCAGUGGGCAGAAUCUCCUGGCUGUUGACAGGUUGUCUCUAGCUGUCGGGAAAGGGGAGUGUUUCGGCCUCCUGGGCUUCAAUGGAGCAGGAAAGACCACAACAUUUAAGAUGCUGACAGGUGAUGAGAGCGUUACCUCCGGGGAUGCUUACAUUGAUGGAUACAGCAUCUUGAGGGAUGUUAAGAAGGUGCAGCAGCGCAUCGGUUACUGCCCUCAGUUUGAUGCUGUGCUGGAUCACAUGACUGGAAGAGAAACUCUAAGUAUGUACGCCAGGCUCAGAGGAAUACCAGAGAGGUAUGUGUCUGGUUGUGUGGAGAACGUCCUGAGGUCGCUGCUGCUGGAGCCUCACGCUGAUAAACUGGUCCGCAGCUACAGUGGCGGCAACAAGCGGAAGCUGAGUGCAGGCAUGGCUCUGAUUGGUGGGCCUCCUGUCAUCUUCCUGGAUGAGCCUUCAACUGGGAUGGACCCUGUGGCGAGGAGGCUGCUGUGGGACGCUGUUACACGCACAAGGGAGUCUGGAAAGGCCAUAAUCAUCACUUCUCAUAGUAUGGAGGAGUGUGAGGCCCUGUGCACCAGGCUGGCAGUGAUGGUCAACGGUCAGUUCAAGUGCCUCGGGAGCCCCCAACACCUGAAGAGCAAGUUUGGCAGUGGAUACACCCUGCUGGCCAAAGUGCACAUAGAGGCCGAGUUGGAGGACAGCGACCUGCAGCUUUUUAAAGACUUCAUUGAAAGCACCUUCCCAGGAAGUCAACUAAAGGAUGAGCACCAGGGAAUGGUGCACUAUCAUUUGACUGACAAAACACUGACCUGGGCCCAGGUGUUUGGCACCUUGGAGGCAGCCAAAGAGAAAUACCAGAUUGAAGACUACUGCGUGAGCCAGAUAUCACUGGAGCAGGUGUUCCUCAGCUUUGCCCAGUUCCAGCAUUGCACAGAGAGUCGGAGGAAGUGAGAGGAGCGAGGAGUCCGUCCAUCCAUUGUCCAUUUUCUCCAGUGGUGUGUGUGUGCGGGACCUGUGUGCACAGACUUGCCCCGAUUACACAGCAGGUGUGUACACAGGCUGGAGCAGGUUUAUCUCCAGCUCCGUUUUUACCUUCAUCAACAACACACACACACACUGGGCCAGUCGCAUCAACUUCAGCAUUUCUACUACUGUACCACAUCAGUGUGUCUUCGUCGGGUCAUUGAUGCCGUUGUUAUUGUCGUUGUUGUGUGACAAAGACGUUGGAGAAUUAAGACGUGCUGGACGAUGAUGAUACCAAGUCAUGAACUCUCGAGUACUGCACCUUUUUAGUGAGGUCAAAGACACCACUCAUUAGAUACUACCACUACUCUGAACUGUGUGUGACAGGGUUUGUUUGUGUGUGUGCACUUAUGCAUUUUUUGUUAUUUAUGAUUUGAUUUUAUUUCUUGAUUAUGUUUCCAAGACUUUGUGCUCUGUUUUUUUUCUGUGAUCAUCAAUCAUCACAAGAGAAUGAACCACUCCAUUUGAUAUCUGUAUGAAAUCAUUGCACACCUUUGCGCCUUAUCUAACCAAUGAGGGUUGUUGUUUCUUUAUAUUGCCCUAUACAAAAUGCCUGGUUAUCCUUAAGAGCCUCUUAAUGUCGUUGCCAGAUGUAAAUAAAGUGAUGUGUUCAUGGUACUACAAGAAAAAACACUUACUCGUUCAGGCCAGAGCAGAACAUUUACUCAUUUAAAGACUGUUUUGGGCACAUUAAUGAAUGCAUGUAUACAAUACGACUUACAGAGUGCAUGAUACUGGAAGAGCAGAGAGCUGCUAGUGUUUACUAGAAGACCGUCCUUUCUGAGGAUUAAUCCUCAGAGUACAUUCAGUCCAAUCUGCAUAUUUGAUACACCUCUAUUGUUCAGGUGUUUGUGAACUAAUGUUUCGGUUUUCCUGCCAAACAGGUUACGGGAACAGCGUGUUCAGUCCACCCAUUACAGUUUACUUGCAAGCUAUUUUGGAAGAAAUCAUUGUGUGACGCAGAUUAUUUUUUGAAUGUUGCGGUAAAACGGGAGGUCUUGGCUGCAAAUUAAGUCGUAUCAGACUGCAUGUAAAUGACUUAGACCUGAAAACAGCAAGACUGCAAUGACCUGUGAGGUGUUUUUGUACAUUUUGUUUCCCUUUUUUCUUGCAGCUAUGCAUUUCAUAUGGUACACGUGUGUGUGUGUGUGUGUGUGUGUGUGUGUGUGUGUGUGUGUGCAUGAGAGAGAGAUGGGGGUGUAAAAAGAGUAUGGCAACACGAUUCCUGAAUUCACCCACACCUUUCUAAGGCUACACCCAUGCUAAUGUAUUUGUUUUAAAAUCAAUAUCGAUCACUAUGUUCGUUAGCUUGGAUGUGGCCUACAGUCGUGUAAUAGUCCUUAAAUAUUAAAACCAAGAGAUUGUUAUUGCGCUGUGGACAAACUGUACUACUGUGUCAUCUUUAAUGUCGAGCUGCUCCUUCAGGAAAUGCCAGGAAAUGCAAUAACAAAACCCAACAAUGAUAUAGAUGAUAAAAACGCAUAAAAUGGAUGCCUUGUCCUGAGAAAGAAUGAUCAGCGCAAUGUUUGUUCCUCUUUCAUUUGGAUGUGCUACUAUGAAACCUCUUUUCAAAAUGAGCCCGAUUUAUCACUGUCUCAAAGCCUAGUUUGUGCUUUAAGAAAGUUGUAAAAAGAUUAAUAUAUUCUGUGUGAAUAUUUCCCCCCAAAAAAGAUGAGAAAUGUAUCGUAGAUCCUGCUUUUCAUCCAUGUUAGAGAUCAAUAUUAUAAUCCGGGAUCUAUCAGAAAUUGUACUAACUUUAAAUGACAUUCCUACUCUCAAGAAAAUCACUCUGACUUCACAGAAGUGAGAUGAAUGUAUUCACCGUCUUACACAAAAGCAAAAAGCACUCACGUUAAUCAGCUUUACUAACCGCUUCAUAUGAUUCACAGAGCUUUCUUCAUGUCACCACAUGUGCGUGUGAGAAAGUAAGAGACUGACAUUCCAGGAAGACACAGAUAUAUGUGGCUUAUUGGUCUUGAAAGGAUUUGACCUCCUAAUUUUGACUUUUGUUACAUUUGUUUGUGUAUUUGCACUUUUUUUUCUCAUUACAUGUACGACUUGAAUCAAUUGCAAUGUUAGAUAUGUAGUGAAAGGAGGAACGGAGGGGUUUGCGCUGCUGAUGUUGGAAGGAUUGAGUUAUGCUGAAAUGCAGUGUAUCAUAUUAAAAAAGGGAAUUUACAUCAUUGUAAUUGUGUACUGUACUGUACCAUGAAACUGACAUUGUCAACUGUAUAUGUAUCGCUGUUCUUUUUAAAUUAAAUAAUGCUCUAUGCAAAUGGUA